AUGACACACGCAUUCCUGAGACCAGGAGGCAAAUCCAGACGCGUUCCGCGUCUCCCACGCGUCUCCGAGCCCACGCACGCUGCGCUUGGCUUUUCCUCACAAAAAUUCACUGGAAUGCUUUCAGAUCAGAUCUAAUCGAAACCUCCAGCGUCCGACAUUUCGACUGAUGCCGCCCCGACAUCCGGCUGUCCCGGCUCCGCCUUCACCAACGUUCGGAACGCCGACUGUUUUUCGAGUCCUCACGAGCCGGCAGAAUGGUGCGAUGGAGUGACGAGAUUCUGCUGUUCUGGUUCCUUGAUACCUGUCCCAUUUGGCCACUGAACGCCUAUUUCAGAUGCAUCAAAUGGCACGAGUAUUCAGUGUCCGGACGGUACAAUGUACCCGUUCGUCGAGCAAAAGUGCGACAAUCACAACGAGAACCUGCCCAUGUCCGGCAACUGCUGA